AUGGCUUCCUUUAGAAGCCGGCACGUCCAUAUGUCAAUCAACCAAAAACAAAUACUUUAAAAUGGAUUUCCCUCUUUCGCCUUUAAACUGCCAUCAAAGCUCUCAUCCGAUCCAACGAUGGCGAUGCCUUCAGGAUCAGCCAUCCAUGUAUUAUGGACCCACAGACAACCUUGCCGUUGAAAAAGUUUCGGAUUUUUUUUUUUCUUGGGUUUUCAGUCACAAUUGGCAGCCCGGAAAGAAACGGAUAGUUUCAUCAUUUUUUCGAUACGAAAAUCGAUUGGAGAGAGACACUGAGAUUUUCGCGGUGAAAUUAAACGCUGGAAUUCCGGUGACCAGAAAUUUUCAAUUUGUAGGCUGGGGAAUUUGGCUUUGAAGUGGUGCAUAUUUGAGAGUUCUACCUUCUCUUUCCCUUCUUAGCCCUGGAAUUCGAGUUUUGGUUUGUUCAGAAGGGAAAGAAAGGGCUAUCUUGUGAGGUUUGCCGGGUUUUUUGCAUCCGUGUGAUUGUACAUAUAUUUGUAUGUUUAAAAUGAGUGUCAUUUCGGGUGUGAUUUCUCGGCAAGUAUUGCCUGUAUGUGGGAGUCUUUGUUUCUUCUGUCCGGCAUUGAGGGCAAGGUCUAGGCAGCCUGUGAAGAGGUACAAGAAGCUUAUUGCAGAUAUAUUUCCUCGUAAUCCGGAAGAAGGACCGAAUGAUCGGAAGAUAGGGAAAUUAUGUGAAUAUGCUGGUAAAAAUCCUCUUCGAAUUCCAAAGAUCACAACCUCCCUAGAGCAAAGGUGUUACAAAGAAUUGAGGAAUGAAAAUUUUCAAGCCGUCAAAGUUGUCAUGUCCAUCUACAGAAAACUUCUGGUUUCAUGUAAGGAGCAAAUGCCUCUCUUUGCUAGUAGCUUAAUAAGCAUUAUGCAAACUCUAAUGGAUCAAACACGGCAGAAGGAAAUGCAAAUUAUAGGAUGUCAGACUCUAUUUAGUUUUGUGAAUAGUCAGAGUGAUGGGACUUACAUGUUUAACUUAGAAGCCUUUAUUCCAAAACUGUGUCAAAUAGCUCAAGACAAUGGAGAUGAUGAAGGGGCUGAAAAUCUGCGUUCAGCUGGCUUGCAAGGACUUUCUUCAAUGGUAUGGUUUAUGGGUGAAUACUCUCAUAUUUCUACCGAAUUUGAUAAUAUUGUCUCGGUGGUCCUGGAAAACUACGGGGCUCCUGGAAAAAAUUCAAACUCAAAUGACCGAUGGGUGCAAGAAGUGCAACGGGAGGAGGGCCACAUCUCUUCAUCAUCAGUUGUCACGAUGAACACACCAUCUUGGAAGGAAAUCGUGACUGAAAGAGGUGAAGUGAACUUGACAGGGGAGAAUGUCCAAAACCCCUGCUUUUGGUCUAGGGUUUGCCUACACAACAUGGCCAAACUUGCCAAAGAAGCUACAACCAUGAGGCGUAUUUUAGAAUCUUUGUUUCGUUACUUCGAUAAUGAAAAUUUAUGGUCUACUAAACAUGGCAUUGCUGCUCCAGUUCUGAAGGAUUUGCAGUUCUUAAUGGACAAAUCUGGUCAAAAUACCCAUGUUUUGCUUUCCAUAUUGAUUAAACAUCUUGAUCAUAAAAAUGUUCUGAAGCUGCCUAAAAUGCAACUGGACAUUGUUGCUGUGACUACUGCUCUUGCCCAAGAAGCAAAGGCUGAACCUUCUAUUGCAAUAAUUAGUGCAGUGAGUGACUGCUUGAGGCAUUUGAGGAAGAGCAUACACUGCUCACUUGAUGAUGCAAAUUUAGGGGAUGAUGUGAAGAAUUGGAAUAAAAGCUUAAAUGAGGCAGUAGAUAAGUGUCUGGUACAGCUAAUAUAUAAGGUAGGAGAACCUGGGCCAGUGCUUGAUGCUAUGGCUGUGAUGAUGGAGAGCCUUUCUACCAUUACUGUCAUCUCCAGAACUACAAUUUCUGCUGUUUAUCGUGCUGCUCAAAUUGUUGCCUCCUUGCCUAAUUUAUCAUAUCAAAAUAAGGCAUUCCCUGAGGCCUUGUUUUAUCAGUUAUUACUGGCUAUGGUCCACCCAGAUCAUGAAACACGAGUUGCAGCUCAUCGUAUAUUUUCAGUUGUCCUUGUGCCAUCUUCUGUUUGUCCUCGUCCAUUCUCUUCAGAUCUUGAGUCAAUCGCACCAUCUGACCUUCCUAGGACACUCUCAAGAGCCGUGUCUGUUUUUUCUUCUUCAGCUGCCCUUUUUCAGAAGCUGAGAAAUGAAAAGGCCUCCUCACUGGAGAAUGGUCUUCCAGAUAUGAAAGAUGGCUCUCUUCUUGAUGGUGAACAGGAAAGUAUAAGCAAUGGUAUGCUAAGUAGGUUGAAGUCAUCCUACAGUCGGGCUUAUAGCAUAAGAAGUUCUGGACCUUUGAGAACUGAUGCAACUACUACGGAUGGCUUGAGCAAAGAACCAGAAACUUAUUCUCUUCGACUCAGUAGCCGCCAAAUCACACUUCUGCUCUCAUCAAUUUUUGUCCAAUCCAUAUCUUCCGCCAAUUUUCCAGAAAAUUAUGAAGGAAUUGCCCAUACAUACAGCUUGAUCUUGCUGUUUUCUCGAGCUAAGAACUCAAGUCAUGAGGUCCUAGUACGAAGUUUUCAGUUAGCAUUUUCAUUGCGAGACAUUUCUCUCGGUAAAAAAGGAUCACUGCCACCAUCGCGCUGUAGAUCCCUAUUUACUCUAGCCACAUCGAUGAUCCUCUUUUCAUCCAAAGCUUUUAAUAUCCUUCCUCUUGUUGACCGAACGAUGGCUUUAUUUGUGAGCAGAAAGGCCGAUCCCUUCCUACGACUGGUUGAAGACUGUAAGUUACAAGCUGUUACCAUACAGUCUGACAUAAAGACUAGUCCAUAUGGAUCAAAGGAAGAUGACGAUUUGGCCUCAAAGUUUCUUUCUGAAGUGGAGAUAACCGAAGAUCAAACUAGGGAAUCCUUUGUUACUGAGAUUUUAAAGAGCUUGGAUAUACUUUCAGACUCUCAAUUCUCCAGCAUAAAGGAGCAACUUCUCAGUGAGUUCUUACCUGAUGAUAUGUGUCCUCUCGGAAAUCAGCUGUCAGAGAAAACUUCGAAUAAAUCUGCUCAUCUUUUUAACAUUGAUGAGGAAUCUUUUGCCGAUUCGUUCGAAAGCCAAACUAAAGAUAGUCAAGAGUUGCAUUUUGUGAUUCCCCUUUUGAGUGUGAAUCAAUUUCUUGAAUCAGUACUUGAAACGACUCAUCAAGUUGGAAGAAUCUCCAUCUCUACCACAGCUGAUGUGCCUUUCAAGGAAAUGGCUCAACAUUGUGAGCUACUUCUGAUGGGAAAGCAGCAGAAGAUGUCAUCUUUGUUGUGUUCCCAACAGAAGCAGGAGACGGUUAUGCUCGUAUCUCUGCAAAACCAAGAAAAUGAGGUUGGCAAUCCAUUCAUUGAACACUUCACAGCUAACCCAUAUCGACCUCCGCUUGGACCGAUUGUGACGCCGUGUGUGACUGAAUAUCAGUGUCAAACACACUCGUUCAGACUACCAGCUUCUAGUCCAUACGACAACUUUCUCAAAGCUGCAGGUUGUUGAUUCCAGUAAAGUAUUGGGUUCUUUCAUAUGGAACAGAAGUAUUAGGUACUCGAGCCAUCAAUUUCAACGAGCGAGAUGACUCAGCAACCGGAGUACAUUUUGUAAGUAGCUACUACAAGAGAAAGGAAAAAAAAAAAAAGAUGAGCUUCAAUCUUUGUUGUUGUCAGUCAGGUUUGGAGGUCUAAAAUCUUCAAUUCUUUCAUUCUUAUUCUUUUUUUUCUUUCUAUUCUUAUAUCUUUACUCCUGGAGGAAGACUUGUUAUUUUGGUCCCUUCUCUAGAUGAUAAAUGUCUUUUGUUUUUUUUUGGGGGGGCUUCCAUCUUAAUUUAAUUGAUUGUAUAUUUUGUUUUCUCGAUUGUUGUAUUCAUACUCUAUACUAGUGUUCAAGUUAUGCCAUGAAAAAGCAUAACCUUAUUACAGGAAAAAACUAGAGGUAUAUUAUAGUCAGUGAAGCCAUUUCUUUUUU